GAAGGGGAGCUGGGCGGCGGCCGGUUCCAGACGGCGCUGAAUUUCGCUUGGUCCAACCUGAGAUUUCACCGUUUUCUUGAUGUGAACAGUCACAAAGUAGACAGGACGAUAGAAGGAAUACAUGAGAAAUUGGUAGUUCAUUCUGACCUUGGAAAAGCUGCAAGCUGGAAAAGACUAACAGAAAAAUUUCUGAACUCACCACUCCCAAGUACAGAAGAAACUAAGACAGAUACACACUAUUCCAUACUGUCUCUUCUGUUGUGUUUGUCUGAUUCUCCAUCCAACACCACCUAUGUCGAAAAACCAAGAGUCAAAGUGGAAAAGGAAGAAGAGUUUGAUUGGGGAAAGUAUUUGAUGGAAGGAGAAGAAAUUUACUUUGGCCUAGGCAUAGAUACACCAGAUUGGUCUGGAGAAAGUGAAGAGGAGGAAGACACUCAGCCUUUGAGCAGGGAGGACUCGGGUAUUCAGGUAGACAGAACACCCUUAGAAGAUCAAGAUCCAAAUAAGAAAACAGUACCUAAUGCUUCCUGGAAAGUAGGUGAACCUGAUGUCCGUAGCUGGCUGGAGCAGCAUGUAGUUCCUCAGUACUGGACAGGAAGAGCUCCUCGCUUUGCACACAGUUUGCACUUGCAUUCCAACCUAGCUGCAGUCUGGGACCACCACUUGUACACAAAUGAUCCUUUAUAUGUGCCAGAAGAGAGAAUACUAGUCACUGAAACUCAGCUUAUACGGGAAACUCUUUGGCUACUUUCAGGAGUGAAAAAGCUUUUUAUAUUUCAGCUGAAUGAUGGAAAAGUGGCUGUGCGGAAUGAUAUUAUUGUAACUCAUUUAACCCAUAAUUGCCUGAGAUCUGUAUUGGAGCAGAUAGCAGCAUAUGGUCAAGUUGUGUUUAGACUGCAGAAGUUUAUUGAUGAAGUGAUGGGACACAGCCCAGAAAACAUAAUGCAUGGAACAGUUUCCACUCCGAAGAAAACAACUGAAGCCCCGUUCAGAACCUAUCAAGCUUUUAUGUGGGCCUUGUAUAAAUAUUUCAUCAGCUUUAAAGAAGAACUUACUGAAAUUGAAAAAUGUAUAAUCAACAAAGAUAAAACAGUCACACUUUCAAUAGUAAUAGAUAAGUUGUCUCCCCGACUGGCACAGCUGAAGGUACUUCACAAAGUUUUCAGCACAGGAGUAGCAGAAGUGCCGCCCGACACUAGAAAUGUUGUACGAGCAUCUCAUCUGCUUAACACUCUCUACAAAGCUAUUCUGGAAUAUGACAGUGUGGGAGAAGCAUCUGAGCAAACGGUAUCCCUUCUGUUCUCACUCUGGGUUGAAACUGUGAGGCCAUACUUACAGACAGUGGAUGAGUGGAUAGUCCAUGGUAAUUUGUUUGAUCCUGCAAAGGAGUUUAUCAUUCAGAGAAACAAAAAUGUUCCAGUUAAUCACAGAGAUUUUUGGUAUGCUACCUACACAUUAUAUAGUGUGUCAGAGAAGACAGAGAAUGAAGAGAAGAUGAGUGAUAAUGCCAGUGCCAGUUCUGGCAGUGAUCAGGCCCCUUCAAGCAGGCAGCACACUAUGGUGUCUUUUCUGAAACCUGUGCUGAAGCAAAUAAUUAUGGCUGGAAAAUCCAUGCAGCUGUUGAAGAAUCUUCAAUGCAAAGGUGGCUCUCCAAAGCAGGCUGCAUCAAGAGAUGCUGAACGAAAGAGUUUGUAUACACUUUUCUUGGAAUCAGUGCAGUCUCGUCUGCGGCAUGGGGAAGAGUCUGUUCCAGAUAUUAUUACAGAACAGCAGGCCACAAAGCAGAGCCUGAUAAAGAUGCAGUCUAUAGCAGAAAGACACCUGGAACUAGAUGAUGUCCAUGACCCACUGCUAGCGAUUAAUUUUGCCAGAUUAUAUUUGGAACAGAAUGACUUUCAUGAGAAGUUCACUGGUGGGGAUGUUUGUGUGGAUAGAUCUUCAGAAUCAGUGACCUGCCAGACUUUUGAACUGACAUUGAGGUCUUGCCUUUAUCCCCACAUAGACAAGCAAUAUUUGGAAUGCUGUGGAAAUCUAAUGCAAACAUUAAAGAAGGAUUAUAGGCUUGUAGAAUAUUUGCAGGCGAUGAGAAACUUUUUCUUACUUGAAGCUGGAGACACCAUGUAUGACUUCUAUACUUCUAUUUUUGACAAAAUUAGAGAAAAGGAAACUUGGCAGAAUGUUGCUUUCUUAAAUGUUCAACUUCAAGAAGCAGUUGGCCAACGCUAUCCAGAGGACAGUUCAAGGUUGUCUAUAUCAUUUGAAAGUGUUGAUACAGUGAAGAAGAAACUCCCUGUCCACACCUUAGAUGGUUUGAUACUGAGUUACAAGAUUCCUUGGCCUGUGGAUAUAGUUAUAAGCUUAGAGUGCCAAAAAAUUUACAAUCAAGUUUUUCUGCUCUUACUGCAAAUAAAGUGGGCCAAGUAUAGUCUAGAUGUUUUACGAUUUGAUGAACUAGUCUGUGCUGCAGAAAGCCCCCAGGUUAAGGAUGGAACUUCAUUACAACAAAGAAUGCUUCCUCUCUUUGGACUGCAAACAGAAAGUAUAAAACAACAAAUACAUCGCAUGUUCCUCUUAAGAGUGAAACUUAUGCAUUUUGUUAACAGCCUGCACAACUACAUCAUGACCAGGAUUCUUCACAGUACAGGCUUGGAGUUUCAGCAUCAGGUAGAAGAAGCCAAAGAUUUAGAUCAAUUGAUAAAGAUUCAUUACAGGUAUCUGUCUACAAUCCAUGAUCGUUGCCUACUGAGAGAAAAGGUCAGCUUUGUGAAAGAAGCUAUAGUAAAAGUGUUAAAUUUAGUACUGAUGUUUGCGGACCGUUGGCAGGCUGGUUUGGGGGCUUGGAAGAUGGAAUCCAUAGAGAAGAUGGAGUCUGAUUUUAAGAACUGUCACAUGUUUCUUGUAACUGUUCUCAACAAAGCUGUCUGUCGAGGCUCUUUUCCUCACUUGGAAUCUUUAGCUUUAUCACUGAUGGCUGGCAUGGAACAAAGUUAA